AUGUGCAACCACAAACAGCACGAGGAGGAGGAGGAGGAGGAGGAGGAGGAGGAGGAGGACGACAACAAAGAGGAGGAGAGAGCGGCAGCAAAGAAGACGACGACGACUAAGAAGAAAGCCCUGUCUAGGGACUCUGUGCAGUUAUCCACUACCCGCGAGGAUGCUGCUCCAGCCCCAGCGACUGAAAGAGAGGAACCUAAGCAAGAGGAGGAAGAAGAAGAGGAGGAAGAAGAGGAGGAGGAGGAGGAGGAGGAGGAGAAGAGUAAGGUAGAGAGUGCUGAAAGAAAGGAGAAAAGCAAGGAAAGGCAGAAAUCUUCCCUACUGGGCUCAGUAGACUACCACGACCAAGAGUGGUCGGAGGAGGUGCAGAAACUGGAGGAGCAGCAGCUUCGCAAUGAGCUCUUGGAGCAGUACAACACCCUGGUGGUAGAGCGGAACCGCUAUCAGCGCUACAAUGUGUACCUGCAGCACAAGAUCUGUGAGGUGCUGCGCAAGAAGAAGGGCGUGGAAGCCGUGGAGGCGCUAGAUAAGGGCCCAGAGCCUGAGGCCCCCGAGAAAGAACAGGCAUAUUUGCACUACCUGGCCAUGCUGGAGGACAUGAAGAAGCAAGAGGCUGAUGACCUGGAAUGGUAUCACCAGGAGCUGGCCCAGCUGAAGCAGCAGUGCCAGGAGAAGGUGGCCAGGGUAGAGAAGGAGUGGCACCGAUUCCAGGCACUCAAGAAGCAGGUGGUGAUGCAGGCCAUGGGCAGCUGCCGCAUGCGGGGUGGGCGCCAGGCUGCACUGCGGGAGGUGGAGCAGAUCCAGGCCUUGGAGGAUAAAAAGGAGAAGGAGAUGAGUGCCGUGCGGCUGGAGAACGUGCAGCUGAAGCAAAGCCUGUCGCAUUUUGAAACCAGAAUGAAGGCCCAGGAGGACUUGACUGAAGGUCUGCUCCUCAUUGAUUUUGAACAGCUUAAGAUUGAGAACCAGACCUUCAACGAGAAAGUGGAGGAACGAAAUGAGGAACUUUUAAAACUGCGCAACAAGGUGACCAACAAUGUGCAGAUAAUAACCCAUGUGAAGGAAAAGCUGCACUUCAUGGAUAUGGAGAAUGCAUGCAGAAAGGCACAGCUUUUGGAAAUUGAGGCUCAGGUGGCUCUAGGAAGGGACAUCCUGACCAAGACCAAGCAAGCCCGAGACAGCCUGAGGGGUGACAACAUCAAGCUGAACCAGAAGUGCGGCCUUCUGGGCAAGGAAUCAUUGCUUCGGGACUUGGAAGAAAAGAUGGACAAGACUGAACUACUCAACCAGCGCCUAGAAUCCCUUAAGCGCCAUCAUGCUGGGCUUACUUUAUCCUGCAAAGGUAUGAGACAGAAGAUCAGGGAAGCCAAAGCCUUCCUCCCCCCCUGAUAUGGUGGACGAAUAGAGCAGCAGAACAUUGUCUCAUCCACUUUUACUUUCCCUUGUUGCUAUCCUUAAGAGGCCUAUGAUCUCUGGUUUAGGAACCAUGAUGUUUUUCUCAUUUUUCAGCUUCAAAACUAGUGCUGACCACAAAAUUGGGUUAGCAAUUUUACAUGGGAUGAAGCAAUAGACCCAGAGAAACAAAAAUGGAGUGAUUUAAUGUAACGUGACUUCUCAGGAAAAACUAGAGUUGAGCAAUUCCAUAAUUUCAGUAACUUAGUACUAAAGAGCACUGUUCCUCUUCUAUGUGUAAGUAGGUGAAGUUCAACAAGUGGGCAGAGUACCGAAAAGUCUGUGCUUAAGCAAAUUAUUAAAUUCUCUUUGGAUUUAUUAAGCUGUGUAGUCCUGAAUUACUGUCUCAAUUAGAAACUCACAAAGUCUCCUUGAUCGCGCUUUGUCAGUAGCCAGUACUAGCUUCUGGCGUGUAAAUAUCCAUCCAUCUAUCUAUCUGUCCAUCCAUCCAUCCCUCUCUCUCCAGGAAACAGGAAGGAGGACCAACAGGAAAGGAAGCCAAUGUUUGAUUGUCUUUACUUUUUCAGUGGAAGGAAGCUCAGUCUUCUCACCAUUUAUGUUUCUGUCUUGAUGAUGGUUUUCCAUUAGAAUCAAACAUUUUCUUGGAUCCUCUGAAAAAACUGCAUUGAUCUGUUUAAAAAAAAAAAAAAGUGGCAUGUUUUUUCCCAGGGGAAACAAAACAGUGACCAUUGGUUUUACCAGGUGCAAGACUGUGAAUGGUGGCUGCUGCUAUCACAUAAGACAGCCUUCCGCACCCAGCCAAGUGCUCUCUGAUGGCAACAGGGUGCUCGCUCAUUCCUAAACUUCAUAGGUCAUAGGAAGACAAUCCGUCUUUGGUGCUGGGUGCCUCUGAAGACUGGUAGAAACCCCACUCAGGGCAGGUGGCUCAGUGGCUGAGAAUGUUGCCACUGCUUUGUCUUUUGAUGACAUGAUUUCAUUUUCUAAAGCAUAUUUCCUGUGAGGUAGAGGAAAAUUAAAACUCCUAACUUCCAUGGCUUGAGUACACUAUUUUCUCUGAUGUCGCCCACAUGUACUGAGGCAGGCAGUAAAAAGCUUAGAUUUCCACUGCCGUCCUCCCCUUACUGUGAUGGGUCAUCCUUCUCCCCUUGUCCAUCAAGGCCAAGUGGAGCAGUAAGUCCCUGCCAACAGAACUCUCUUCUUCGUGGCUCCAGCUAGAAGCAGUGCAGGCCUACUGGGUUCUUCUGCUGCUGGGGAAGCCUCCUGGUGAAGGGUCAACAGUGCUGCACGUCUUGACCAAGCAGUGGCUUUCAUGAUAAUGCUGUCCUUUGUCUCUCUGGUGUACUGUAGAGAGAGCUGUAUUCUCAGCUGACUUUGAACCAACAGCAUUGCCCAGCCGAAUCCUGCAGCUUGGAACCCCGUGACAAGUGGAUCCCAGACCAGCUGCAGAAAGCUUUAAGCUGCAAAUGACCAAGUAAGGACUGCAAAGUAAGUCACCAAUGUCCUCAGGUUACAGUCCCUGUGCUGGACAGAUACACCCCCUCCUGUGGCCCCACCUCCUGUGGUUCCAAUCAGAUUACAGGGCCAGGCUUCACCAGGAAAGAGCAACACCCCACAGACUGUUUCCUAGGGUAACUUCUGAAGGAAGAAGUCCACAGCGCUGUCUGUGGCCCAUCCAGCAUGCAGUCCCUGCUCAGAGAGUGCCUCUUUAGGCUUCUACCCCCCACUGAGAUCUAGGUCCCUGGAGGCCAGCAGGUUGUUUGGCAUUAUGCUAAUGUAUUAACCCAUCUCUUUCACAUUCUGAAAAUAAGCCUUAUUUGAAUGUUAUGUCUCAGAAACUGCUAAGCCCAGUGUUGGAUUCAGAAAUAAAUUACAGGAAGAAAG